AUGAAUUCUAUUCCGAAGGUAACUGGCGCAAACAAAGGAAUAGGAUUUGCCAUUGUUAGAAAACUUUGUAAAGAAUUUUCCGGAACGGUCAUUCUGACAGGUACGUACUGUAGCACAAAAUUAUUUCCAUUGGUUAUUUUAAGGUUACGCAUGAAACUGGAUUGGUGUUGCGUUAGUCUCAAUCCUACACAGCCGUGUUUGUUUCGUCACGCAACGCUCCUUCCCUUUCCUUGGGGAGGAACACAAUAACAUUUCGUGAUGAGACCAAAAUAGCUGCGUAGGAGACUACAGCCUGAGCAAACAGUCGACAUUUUGCGACGCACCACUGAUUUCCCUGCGAAAUGACGCCUGAGAAGCAAGCACAAAAAUUCCAUACUGAUGACUCGUCACUGCCCAGAUCUGUGUGGUUCCUCUGAUUGGUUGAAGCAAUUUCCCACAUGGCAUGGCCAAUCAGAAGUGCCAUCUGGGUAGUGACACAUCAUCAGUAUGGAAUUUCUGUGCUAGUUUCUCAGACGUCUUUUCAUGGGUAAACCUAAGGGUAAACCAUGCAGUGAUGGCAUCGCAAAAUGUCAGCUCUCUUCUUAGGCUAGGUGACUAGCAUUGUGUUGAAUGCACAUAGGGCCAUCGUGGAAGAUAUUUAAGCCCAUUAUAUCUGUAUUAUUAUUUAAUUCUCACACACAACUGGGAACAGAAGACCACACCUCCUUCCCCACAUACCCCCUGGAACACUUAAUAUUAUAUUCCUGACUGGCAUUUUCAUUUGUUUGUUUGUUUUUUGGAAGGGUUGGGCAGGGGGGGGGGGGAUUGGGAGUCUGAAAUUCUAACUUGGGAUUUUUUAGGGUCACAAAGGUCAGAGGUACCUUGUAAAUCCUCUAUUAAGAUCCAUCCAUUCUCUUAUUUCAAGCAUGUUUGAGAAAGGGGCUUAAUAGAGAGGAGGGGGCUUAUUUAAUGUAGCGAAGAUGAUGAUAUUAGUUCUCCAUAAAAACUAGAACAGAGAGUGGAAAAUCUCAGGCACAUGUAGUUGGAGGCCAUGCAGCGAAAGAUCAAAAACAAAUCCAAACUUCCAGCAUGUGAAUAAAUCAUACCAGAUGCAGAUCAGUCCAUUUAAAGCAUUUAAAGUGUCAGUCUGUCGUUAAAGAAGAAAGGGGAAGGGCCCGAGACCCCCCCCCUUAUUUUUAGACCAAACUGAGGCACAAAGGCGGAAAAAAAUUUUUUUGAUACCGGGGGCCCCCUUAAAAACAUAUACAUGCAUACAUACAUGUCUUUUAUAGUAUAUCAACUAUUUCCAAAUUACUAAAAUUACAAACAACAAAAAAUUCCUAACCGUAGUAUGGCUCUCCACUCCAUAGAGGCCCCGGCCUCUUAUCUGAAGGUCUGGAUGCCUCACUGUUAAAGAAUAAAGGGGAGGAUCGAGGGCUUUUUGAAGAGGGGGCCUUGAUACAGAAUUUACGGUAGCCUGAGAAAACAGCUGGCAUUUGCAAUGCCAAUUAAGCACUUCCUCAUUUUGGUAGUGCAGUAGCCCUUUCAGACCAUGUCACAGCCUUUUACAGGCUGGUAUGUUAUUCUAAACAUGGUUUAGACUAGACGUUUCUACAAAAAAACAACUGAUGUAACCCCUGCUCCAUAUGAAACUUGCAUAAUAGAGCGUUUUCACUGACAUGGCCUGCAGUACAGUAGUACACAAGCUUUGAGACACCAACGUGGUGCACGUGAUAUCAAUUAAUAGGGCCUAUAAAUGUACGGUAAAAUAAGAAACUUGUCUUCAGCCAAUUGUGCCUUCGUGCUAAUUACCCUACCGUUCCAGCUUGAAUCUAACAAAGAACAACAACAACAAUAAUUAUAAUAAUAAUAAUGUGACCUUCCUAGCACGAGAUGAACAAAGGGGACAAGAGGCAGUGAAGCAACUGAGCAGUGAGGGGCUAACUUCAACAUUUCAUCCCCUGGACAUUGUAUCAGAAGAAAGCAUUGAGAAAAUAAAAAAAUUUCUUAUAGAUGAGUAUGGUGGAUUGGAUCUUCUUGUUAAUAAUGCUGGGAUAGCAUAUAAGGUUUGUUCUUUAAAGCUGUUAAAUAUUGAAUUUUAAAAAUCAAACUAUCAUAAGUAUUACUACGAAUUUCAUCAUCACAUCUUGAAGUAAUGCAAGGCAGACAUUGUUGGCACUGGUACGAAGUGUCUGUCUUAACUUAAAGAAAGCCAAAGAAAAUGAAUGGAAAAUGGCACGAACCAAAUGUAUAUAUUAAAAGAAGGAGUUUUCAGUCUCGAGCUAACUAAAACAUUUCUGUUGUGUUGAAGUCUAUCAUCUGUCAGUCAUUACAGUUUCUUGUUAAUAAUAUAUUGUCAUGAAAUUAUGAAUUUGUAAUUUUAGAGGGCAUCAACAGCACCCUUUGCAGAGCAAGCAGAAGUUACUCUCCGCACCAAUUUUCAUGGCACUCUUAACAUGUGUAAGGCAAUGCUACCGAUCUUGAAACCACAUGCGAGGUUAGGAUCAUGAUUAACCAAUGAUAUUCUCAUAGUUACCCCAAUAACAUUGAUGUCGUUCCUUUUAACUGAGGAGUCAUGUUUUCUUACCAGAACCGCACCCCAUAGGUAAGGCUCAGACCAUAGUACUUGGGCUACCCUUAUAUACCUUGCCUGCCAGAGACUUUUUAAGUGCGGUUUCUGUUUUCACCGCUUGUAGCUUCGGUCUUCGGGCAAAAACAUUUCGGCCUGCAGCAAACCCUGAAAGAUCUCCCCUGCACUCAAUCACCACUUGGAGAAAAACCCACUGGUUCCCAGUGUAGGCUAUCCAUUGCAAGUUCCUUUUUAAAAGUGCAUGAAAUGUCAUUCCACCCUCGCUAAAGUAGUCCAAAAAAUUAUAUUCAUUUCAUCUACCAUUUGAUAGUAAAGUUGAAAAGCUAGGCAUAGAAAUUUAAUUGUUAAAAGCAUUUGUAUUAAUUGUCAGGCGUUUGGGCACCAAUUGGAAAGAAAAUGUGAUGUUUUUUGAUGUAAGCAAAAACCCCAUGUGCAAAAAAGAGAAAGUUAUUCGGCGUUACAAACUUCAAAAGCUGUAAAGUUAAGAAAAUAUAUGAGCAAAAUACAUGUAUGUGAAAUAUUCUCAAGCAGUGUUAAUAUUCUGUGUAACAGAAACUCUCAUAAGCAAAAAACCCUAGGGAAAUAGGAAAAGUGUCCAUGACUGGAACUGGCCAUUUACAGUAAUGAUUCUCCAACAGCAACAGGAUAAGGUGGCCAUGAGUAUAGCUGCAUGUCCACUUAGGAGUGCAAGGGUGGCGCAGUGGUGAGAGCAUUCACCUCCCAUCAAAGUGUGACCCGUUCAGAUCUUGGCAUGGACAUUAUAAUUAUGUGGGUUGAGUUUGUUGUUGGUUCUAACCCUUGCUGCAAGAGGUUAAUCUUUGGGUACUCUGGUUUUCCCCUCUCCUUAAAAGCCAACAUUUCCUAUUCUUAUUCGAUUUGGAAUGCACGGACACAUUUAAACACUCAAGCUCUUAAGAACUCCUACAUGUAAGUGUUUUGUAGGUAAACAAAAAUUGUUGCAAUUACUAUUAAUAGAAAGCUUCAACACAAAUUUGACGUUGACUGACUUGUGUUCAAGGAACCUACACUGUAUUUUCUUUAGAUGUAUCUGGAUGUUAACUUGGGCAUGUCAAGGGUCAGUGGGGUUUGGUUUUUGUACAUUAAUAAUAACAACUUUUGUUUUAAUUUCUUACUUGUUGUGUUCAGGCUGGUGAAUAUUUCCUCUCAUUUAGGAGGUUUAUCUCAGCUAUCAGAAGAGCUCCAAAAGAAAUUUUCCUCCCCAUCGUUAACUGAAGAAGGCCUUGUCAAGUUGAUGGAUCAAUUUUUGCAGUAUGUAAAUAUGAACUCAAACUGUGGUUCCAGUUUUAAUCAUCUUUUUUCUUAGUUUAUAUCACGUUAUUUGUGAUGAAUGCAGUGCAAUGACUGAAUGGAUUUAAUUGCUGGAAUAUCUAGUAUGAAAUGCACUGAAAGGAUCUUUAAGGAUGGAUAUGAUAGGAGGUGCGAGAUUAAAACACUGAAUUAAGAAAUAUCAUUUACAUAAUCAUCGUUUAACGGAUGUUGCACCUGGAGAGACUUUGUUGUACAGGAUACCCAAGCACAGUGUAAUUGAAAAACUCCUCCUUAAUUUCAUAAAAUUUUCUUUAAGUUUAAAUUCCUGCUGAGCGUCUUUGAAUGUUUAUGUUAUUCUCAGAGAUGUUAAAGAUGGAGUCCAUUCACAGAAAGGAUGGUCAAACACUGGUGAGAAAGCUGAGCCCUGUAUGUUAGCUUAUUCAUGGUUUAUAUGUCAUUGAAAUGAUUGGAAAAGCUCAUGAUCACAUUUCCUGAAAAAAAAACAAUAGAAAUGAAAAAAUUAUGUUGACAUCUUCAUUUGCAUUUACGUGUUAUCUUUCACAGGUGAGUGUGUCACUAGAUUGUCUUUAAAGAAAGUAUGUAACUGUUCGGAGGGCUGUCAUUAGGGGUUUAAGGAGCUUGUUUCUCAGGGCGAGUAGCCUGUCAUUUAGUCCACAAAUCCUCCCAUUUUCAAACUUGAAGUUAGCGGGCUUAUUUCGCUCGGCCCUGCUUACUGGUUUUGUUUUACCUUCACAGCGUAUGGAACCUCACAUAUUGGAGUUAUAGCUCUUACUAAGAUCCUUGCAAGAACUAUAACAGAAGAUCCUAGAGAGGACAUCCUUAUAAAUACUGUAAGUAUACAACUAAGUAUAAAACUGACAAGUUAUCUGUACAUGAAUAUGCAUAGUGAAGUCCUCUUAUGUGUCUGUUAAGUAAAUAAAACCUCUUGGCAGCAACUUCACAGGGUUCAUUAUAUUUUGUAUGUCAAAAAUUUAACUUAAGAGUCUGUGGACGAAAUCCUGUGGUAUGGCAAAUUCCUUUUCAAAUGAAUCCUUAGUGACCUUUUCUUUAGCAGUACUUGUACAUGGGACUAUUGUUCUGUACUUAGUUCUUAGAAUCUGGGGAUGUAAUCCAUUGUAUGGAAAAAAUCAGCACUCAGUGAUUUUUGUGGUGUGGGAUUUUGAGGAAAUUUGUAAUCAGGUUGUUAUUAGUUGUUGUUUUUUAUUACCCGUGCCAUCAGGACAAGUUAAAGGGGCUGUGUCACGGCAGUCCAGUUCAUUUUGUUUAAUUUUGCCAAUUACUCGCCCUCAAUCGCUAUGGAACUUAAAGUAAGCAAAGAAAUUACAUGUAAAUGACAAGAUCAGAGACCCGAGACAAACAAAUACGUCUCCUGAGCAUUAUUUUUGAAGUUGCAAGCAGCAGGGGCAAACUUUGAAAAACUGUUAGGCUGAACGGUUUUCAAAGACCCUAAUUUCAAUCCGUUUCAAUCUUCUUCAGUUUUGCCCAUCCGUGGCAUGAGUUGUUUCUGUUAUGUUAUUUUAGCCGUCCUUUAAAGUUUUAAGCGGUUAUUUUUAGGUUUGUCUUAAUUUAACGGGCAUUUUCUAAUUUCCUAAUUUGGCUGAAUUUCGUGACACAGCUCCUUUAAUGUGGCUACAUUUGAAAGUUGUCAUAAUUUUAUUUGGAUCUAAACAAAACUCCACUUUUCAGUGUGAUCCUGGCUGGGUACGUACAGACAUGGCUGGGCCGAAAGCAGCAAAGUCACCAGAUGAAGGUUUGUAGACUAUCGGCAAACCAUUUUAGAUAAGAGUGAACUGAUGUGUAAAAGCUGGCGUCAUGUUGAUUACCUGGGUUGUAUAAGAGCCCUUCUCUACGACAGAUAGCAGCGAUUAGUUUUUAUUUUGAUGGGUGGUGGGGGGUCUUAUGGCAUUAUUGAGAGUCAAAGAAAAUGACUUGAUUAAGAAUGUCAGACCAACUCUAUAAGGCCUGUUAAAUAGAGAGGUGUUCCCUUUAUAGAGAGUCAAAGAAAGUUAAUGAAGAAUAGCAGUCAUCAAAUUUAGAGAGGGGUCUGUCAUAGUGAGAUGUGCGCUAAAGGACACUUGACAGUGGCUUUCCUUGAGAGAGAAGGAACUUGUGUAAUUUGUGCACCCCUCGGUCGGGUAACGGUUGACACUAUCGGCCGAUAUGUCGGUCGACGUGUCGGCCAGGUAACGGUCGACACUCGAUCGCCAAUGUACUGAGAAAAAUCUAGUGAGAUAAACUCCUUUCCUUUUUUUUUCUCGCCCUUCUUAGUGAGCUCAAUUCCUAUAUAGCUGCAUAACAUCCUUGCUGUCUUGUCUUGAAAACUCUCGUAAAUUGUGAAAUCCCUCAGGCCUCAUACUGAAAUAAGCUGAGAAAGUAUUAAGCUUGUAUUGUUAUGGAAUUGUAGUUCAAUUAAAACACCACUGACGCUAAAUGCCAUUAAAGGCUGGGAGAAGCAUUUCAGGUCACUGCAGGUGAUCUCUUAGACUUUCAAAAAAGUCCUUCGUCGGACUUCGUCGCUCGCGGUCGGCCGCUUCGCGGACAAAACCGCUCGCUCCGCUCGCCAAGUGGUCGACUUGUAGCAAGUCUAGUGAUCUCUUAACCCUUUUGAAAGUCCGAAUUUCAACAUAUACAUUCUACAGACUAAUCUCCAUACAUUUCCUUAAACAAGUGAUCAUUUCAUUUUCUCUCAUAAGGUUUCCUCUUAAUGAAGCAUUGAGGUUAUGAGAAAUUUGAUGUUGGUCACACGGGGAUCUUAAAGGGUUAAGAUUGUCUUUUUUAAACGGUUAAGGUUGCGCAGAGCAGUCACUUCCAAGGACGGAAAUAUGAAAAAAAUUGGAAGUAAGGUGAGGCUGAAAGCCGCUUACUGCAUCUUACAGUUUGUAUUUAUUUUGCCAUGGAAAUGCAAUUUUAUCAAGGAAAAGUCAGGAAAUUUGGAAAACUGCAUGGGCCCGUUUCUCGAAAGUCUCACGGUAGUCUUUCGGGCCUGGUUUACUUUGUUUGCAUUCAACAUCAAAGUUUCUAUAGUUUUGAAAAGGAUUCAGUGAAACUAUGAAUUAACGAUGAAGUAAAACUGGCUUGUUUGUGACCUAGGAACUGUACCACUAUUCAAUAGGUUUUGAUUUUGAUGAAAAUUUGCCUUCGGGCCCGAAAAGUCACCAGGCCUUUCGAGAAACGGGCCCAUGUCAAUCAGCCGUGGCAACAAUCUGUGGUGUUUGUACAACGUUGCUUGAAAAGGAAGUAAAAUUACAGUUUUUUGUUUUGUUUGUUUCUUCAGGCGCAGAGACACCAGUUUAUGUUGCAAUGCUUCCAAUAAAUGCUGGCAAACCACAAGGAGAAUUUCUGAAGGAUAAAGUGAUACUUGAAUGGCAAACAAUGUCUUUUCGUUCACAUGCGGUUGCUGCUGACAAAGACUCACUACAAGAAGGUCGCUGA